AAGCCACUUCCUGCCUCCUCCCUGCCCUUUCCUUGGGAGAAGCGGGCUGCACUGCACCCGCAUAGAUAUCUAGGAUUUUAAUGUUAAGUCUAUGGGAGGAAGGAAGUUCAAAAGAUGUUUAGAGGGGAAUCAUUCUGAGGUUGCUGACAAAGGAGAGAACAGUGCCAGAAGACGCAGGAAAGCCCCGUUUGUUAAACAGAGCCACUGAGCCAGGAAUAUCAGAUUAGAGGAGACAAAGAAGUCGGCUUCCUUCUCAAUACAAGCAAGCCCAAAUCCUAAUGCUCUUCUUGCUAAUUGGGGACAGGCAACCCCCGCUCCCCUCGCUAUAGGAGCUGUCAAUAGUUAUUUACAGUUUGGAGGCCAAUGUGUGAAGUCCAUCAAGGCUCCAGAAUGUGGAAGAGGCUGGAAGAAGCAGCCAAUAAAGGCCUGCAUAUGAUGAAAAGCUCUGAGAGUACCAGGCAGUUUCUGACCGGAAAAGGCUUUCAACCCAAGUGUGUUAAACAGGAACCAGAGGAGGGGUUGCCCCAUCACUGGGAAACUCAAUGCCAAGAGUUUCUGACAACAGCACAGUCCCCUGACUCAGGAUGGGGGAACCCUCAGAUGUCCGAGGAUCCCAUGCCAUGGGAUGAUGCAAAUACAUUUCUUACCUCUUUCGAGCAAGUCGUCUCAGUGUGUCGGUUGCCCAGAGACAAGUGGGUGGUCCUCCUCCUGCCUGCCCUCAGUGGAGAAGCCAAGCAGGCCUUCAGCAGUCUGGGGGCCAGAGACAGGGGAGACUACGGGAAGGUGAAGGCCGCCAUCUUGCAAGGGCAGGCCCUCAUGAGGGAGAGACAGCGCCAGCACUUCCGGCAUUUCACCUACCAUGAAGCCGAAGGGCCCAGAGGGGUUUGGAGUCAACUCCAAGGACUUUGCCGUCAGUGGCUGAAAGUGGAGAAACACACCAAGGAGCAGAUCCUGGAGGUGCUGAUCCUGGAGCAGUUCCUGAUUGUCCUGCCCCCCAAAAUGCAGAGCUGGGUCAGGGAACAUGGCCCUGAGUCGUGUGCCCAGGCGGUGUCCCUGGCAGAGGAAUUUCUGUUGAGGCAGCAAGAGUCCGCCAGAUGUGAAAAGCAGGAGCAGGAUCCACCUGCGGAGGAGACUGCAAAUUCUUCCACAGAAGACAAGGAUCUGUUGGAUGUUUGGAACAGACAGCUUGGAAGGGAAACCAAGCAGCAGAGGGGUGAAUUUGUGAGCUCUCAAGAUGAUAAGCCGGUCUGCAAGGAGGGGAGUUGUUUUCAUCAGGAAGGACCUGAGCAAGUGCUGCCAGAACAAAUAUCUCUGAGGAGAGGCAAAUUUCUCCAGUAUUAUAAGGAGAGACUAACAUACGAGAAUCAUCAGGGACCAGGGAGAGAACUGGAGAACAACCCAGCAAAGAAUGUGGCUAGAGCACUUUGUUGUCUGGAAGAUGAUGUUGAAAGAGAUGCAACCAAAGCUCAGCAAAGAAUCUUGCAUGGUGAACAACAAAGCAAAAGUGUGGGCAUUGGAGGAAUUGUCAGAAAGGGUUCAGAUAUUCUUCAGUCUCAAAUAAUCCUCAUGGGAGAGAAACCGUAUAAAUGUGCAGACUGCGGAAAAAGUUUCCGUCACAGGUCAAACCUUACAGGGCACAAGAAAAUCCACACAGGAGAGAAACCGUACAAGUGCCUGGAGUGUGGGAAAAGUUUUAGUCGCACUUCAAAUCUCCUGGCGCAUGAACGAAUCCAUUCGGGUGAGAAGCCAUUCAAGUGCUCUCAUUGUGGGAAGAGGUUUAGUCAGAGUUCAAGCCUCUUAGUCCAUGAGAGAGUCCACACAGGAGAGAAACCAUUUAAGUGUUCAGGCUGUGGGAAAAGUUUCAGCCGGAAAUGGUAUCUGGUGGCACAUGAGAGAAUCCACACAGGAGAGAAGCCAUAUAAAUGCUCGGACUGUGGGAAAAGUUUUUAUCACAGCUCAAGCCUUCUAUCACAUGUACGAAUCCACACAGGAGAAAAAGUUCAGACUGCAAAGAAAAAUAUAAUCUCAAGUCAAGCCUUAUGUCGCAUCAGAGGACCUAUCAUACAGGAGAGAAAAGAAUCACUAAAAAAUUCAGACUGUGGGGAAAGCUACCGUUGGCUUUCUGGUUUUCUUCACCCUAAACCAAUCCACACAACAGGAGGAAAGUCCCAUAAAAGUUUGGAAAGUGAGGAGAAUAUCAGUCUUGGCGCAGAACUCUCUACCUUUUCUCUGCACUGAGCAAAUGAAAGCAGAGACAUGUUAAAAUUCUGCCUGUAAGAAACAUCAGUGUAAGGUCAUUUAUUACUGGGGAUCAGGAAACAGCUCAGUUUUCAAAAAGCUACUUUCCAGUGCACCAAACUGACUCAUAUCAUAUCAUAUCAUAAGCCUUUAUUACGGUCAGAGACCAGCAUAAAAUUACACAUUAAACCAAACUGACUCAAAGAGUUUGUUUGUUUUUUAAAUUCCCAUUGACAUCAGUCAACACAGUUUUUCAUAUUUUUAAUUGUACUACCAAUCGUGCUUCUUUUCAUUGGAACCUUUAAAAAUGUGGGUUUAUUUUUUAAGGGGGAUCUUGAAAGUUCAUAUUUGGAGGUAUGGAAAAUGUGCAAAGAAAACUGUGGUGGAAAAUAUAUUUUCAAAGUCCUUCCCAGCUUUGGUAGCACCAAAUGGAGGUGGCAUUUUCAAAAACAAGUUUCAUUUGUUCUCUUUCCUUCCCUAUCCCUUUUGUGUCUUGUUUGUAGGUUGUAAGCCAGUGAUGUUCACUGUUUUUCAAUAGUGGCAAAAACCGGUCAAAGUUAGAGCCAUGUCACACAGCACUGACCUCUGCGAAGCAUUGCGUUUUCCCCAGGGUUUGGGUGUGUGCACUUCAAGAGAAACAGAGCCCUGAAGUCCAAGUAAAGUCAUGUACGGAGCCCUGAGAAGUGUAGUUCUUUCCAGCAUUUUCCUCGUAUAACUCUAUGUGGAAAGUGCUGGGAAGGACUACACUUCCCAGUGCUCUGUAUACGCCUUCCAAGAUGGUGCUGGGGAUCAAGAGGGCCUUGUUUCCCUUACAGGAACCUCACUGGCACUGUGCAAAUGACACUGAGAAGUGGGACAGUUGCUUCCACUCGGUGCUAGAGGGGCUGUGUGGAGUAUUUGGCUUUGGCCGAAGCUUUGUACAGGCCUAAGUCAACAUCUAACUAAGAAAGCACUGGUGUUUGAAUGCUGCACGUGCCUCUCAGAAAUAUGUCCCUGAGGGCUGUGCAGCCCUUAGGGACAUAUUUUCAGGUUACACAGACAACUUCUGGAAGCAGUGCAAAUUGUCAACAUUCACUCUACCCCCCACUGUGCAUGCAGGUGCAGUAGUGGGGAAGCUUCCUACAAUGCCAGUUCCCAGAUGGCAAUUCUACUUCCCUUCACUAUGGGAAGGGCAGGUGUGCAUUCACAUAUCAUCUAGAUUUACGUCGAAGUCCCUGCGAGCUAUUGGGGAGCACUCCAUACAAGAUUUAGAUUUUUCAUUGUGCAUUAGAGUUUUGCCCAAUUUAUGUACAGGGUAAACAAAUCCACUUUUUGCGUCAUUUUAGGGGGCAAAUGCGAAAUAUCCAAUAUGCCCUGUAACCUGCAGUAAUUCGCCCCUCUUAAUCCUGCGGUAAAGCCUGCUGCUGGUGAAAGGCCCUGGGGAGGUCCAGUUACAGUUGCUGCGCGCUCAGCCUGGGCUUUGGAAUGCACUCUCUAUCAAAAUAAGAACUUCUCCAUCUCUGAUUGCUUUUUUAAAAGACCCUUAAGACAUACCUGUUUUCUCAGGCUUUUAAUUAAAACUAAUUUUAAACUGUUUAA